CUUAGGUGGCUGACCGCCAGCAUGGCAACACUUACAGUAAGUUAGUUGGAAUACCCACAGGCUGCAACGACUGAUCUUCAAAUCGAGCCUGGAAACUGUUUUGCCAUCUGCCGGUACUACAUCGAUAGAGAUGUGGCUUGCAUGUCUGCCCCUCCGGGUAUGCUGGUCCCGUCUUUCUUGGGUAAUCUACAUGUGUAACACUUUUCCGAGGGUUGAAACGGUAAGGAUUGCUUGGUCGACAGUUGAUAGAUUCAUCAACAGCGGGAGAUGGCCGAAGGAAAAGCGUCGCUGUUUCAUCGAUACUAUUGGUGCUUCAGCUGACUGACAGAAAGAGAGGAUGACAAAAGGAAAGAAAAG